UUCUUCAACCCCAGCUUCGCCUUCAGCUCCCACCUCGACCCCGACGGCGCCCCGCUCGGCGAGCUCUCCUGGUCGUCCUCGCUGGCCGUGGUGGCCGUGUCCUUCUCCGGCCUCUUCGCCGCCGUCGCCCUCAUGCUGGCCUGCCUGUGCUGCAAGAAGGGUGGCGUCGGCUUCAAGGAGCUGGAGAAUGCCGAGGGGGAGGAGUACGCGGCCGGCUUCUGCGUGCAGGACUCCCCGGCGGCCCCGGCCCCCAACGGGCCGGACGUGUAUGUCCUGCCUCUCACCGAGGUCUCCCUGCCCAUGGCCAAGCAGCCGGGGAGAUCAGUGCAGCUGCUCAAGUCGGCGGACCUGGGCCGGCACAGCCUCCUGUACCUGGAGGAGAUCGGCCGCGGCUGGUUCGGGAAGGUGCUCCUGGGGGAGGUGAGCGCGGGCGGCGGCAGCGCGCGGGUGGUGGUGAAGGAGCUGAAGGCCAGCGCCAGCGUGCAGGAGCAGACGCAGUUCCUGGAGGAGGCCCAGCCCUACAGGGCGCUGCAGCACAGCAACCUGCUCCGCUGCCUGGGGUGUGCCGAGGAGACGCCCUACCUGCUGGUGAUGGAGUCCUGCCCCCUGGGGGACCUCAAGGGCUACCUGCGGAGCUGCCGGGGGGCCGAGUCCAUGGCGCCCGACCCGCUGACCCUGCAGCGCAUGGCCUGCGAGGUGGCCUGCGGCGUCCUGCACCUGCAUCGCAACAACUACGUGCACAGUGACCUGGCCCUGAGGAACUGCCUGCUGGCGGCCGACCUGACGGUGAAGGUCGGCGACUACGGCCUGGCCCAUCACCGAUACAGAGAGGACUACUUCGUGACGGCCGACCAGCUGUGGGUGCCGCUGCGCUGGAUCGCGCCCGAGCUGGUGGACGAGGUGCACUGCAACCUGCUGGUGGUGGACCAGACCCGGGCCAGCAAUGUGUGGUCCCUGGGCGUGACCAUCUGGGAGCUCUUCGAGCUGGGCGCGCAGCCCUACCCCCACCACUCAGACAGGCAGGUGCUGGCCUUCGCUGUCCGGGAGCAGCAGCUCAAGCUGCCCAAGCCCCAGCUGCAGCUGACCCUGUCCGACCGCUGGUACGAGGUGAUGCAGUUCUGCUGGCUGCAGCCAGAGCAGCGGCCCACGGCGGAGGAGGUGCACCUGCUGCUGACCUACCUGUGCGCGCGGCGCAGCUCCGAGGAGGAGGAGGAAGAGUUCGAGCGGCGCUGGCGGGCGCUGCGGCCCAGCACAGACAGGGGGGGCGCGGGGCCGGCGCCCGGGGGCGCAGGUGAGCUCGCGGCCGCCUCGUCCUUCCCGCUGCUGGAGCAGUUUGCCGGCGACGGCUUCCACGGGGACGGCGACGACGUGCUGACGGUGACCGAGACCAGCCGCGGCCUCAACUUCGAGUACAAAUGGGAGGUGGGCCGGGGCGCCGAGGCCUUCCCGCCGCCCGGGGGCGCGCCGCGCCUGCAGGAGCUGUGUGCGCUGGACGGCGCGCCCCCGGGCGUGGUGCCGGUGCUCAGCGCGCACAGCCCCUCCGUGGGCAGCGAGUACUUCAUCCGCCUGGAGGAGCCCGCGCCCGCCGCCGGCCACGACCCGGACUGCGCGGACUGCAUGCCCAGUCCCCGUGCCCCAGCCCCGCGCCUGGACGGCCCUGCCCGGGGCGAUGAUUCCGACGGCAGCGCCACCAACUCGCUGGUCACGGAGCAGCUACUGGGCCACCCUGUGCCCACCAGUGGCUCGUGGGACCACUGCGGUGACUCCCUGUGCAGGAGCCAAGGCCAGGGGCCAGCCUGCCCCUCGUGCUCGCCCUCGCCCAGUGCCCUGAUGCUGGCAGAGCCUGGAGCCGAGGACCCCGACUGGAGGGAGGCAGCCUUCUGCCCCCCCUUUUUUGAGGACCCACUGGGUACAUCCCCCUCGGAGACAUCCCCGGGCGGGGCGGAGCUGGGGGAGGAGCUGGGGGAGGCCGAGGCGCUCAGGACUGCCCAGCACAGACACUGGAGUUCCAACAUGUCGGCCAACAACAACAGCACCAGCCGGGCACUGCAGCCCUGGGGCGCUGGCUGCUCCCUGGGUGCAGAGCUGGGCCAGCUCCUGGCCUCAGAGGACCCCAGGGAGCCUCUCCUUGGGCUGCAGGUGGUCUCCCCUAGCAAGGAGCUGGGCCGCUGCUCCGGCUUCCCCCAUCUACCUCAGCACCUGUCUGCUGAGGGCGUGGCACCUGCCGCUUGCCCGCUUACACCCCUCUGGGCAGAAGCAGCCACAGCCGGGGGUGGCAACCCCCAGGCAGAGCCCAGGCUUGCUGAGGAGGCCGAGAGCACCCCUGGAUCCCAGCUGCCCCUUCCCUCUAUUCCCUCCCCAUCCCAGGAGGGAGCCCCCCUUCCUGCUGAGAGGGCCAAUGCCCCCACCACGCUGCCCGCUUCACCUGCCACCGGUAGCCAGACAACUGGCCCCGAGCCAGCCUGGGCCCUGGACCACAGUGGCAGUGACCCAGAGCUGGUGGCGCUGGGCAGCGAGGCCGAGGACACGCCUGUGGCCACCCCUGGCAUCCUUGCUGGCUCAGCCGGCGCCGGCCCCCGGGCCAAGAAGCUGGAUGUGCCGUCAGCCUUACACUUGCAGCCGCAGGUGGGGGCUCCCGGCUGCCUGGGCUCCCUGCACCUCCCAUCCUCAGCCAACUAUGGCAGCCGCGAGGUCUUCAGCCCGUUGGCUGCCAGCACCCCUGGGGGGCAGCCCCGAGCCUUGGACAGUGGCUAUGACACCGAGAACUAUGAGUCCCCCGAGUUUGUGCUCAAGGAGGCGCACGAGCCAUGUGAGCCCGAGGCCUUCGGGGAGACCUCGAAGGUGGUGAGCCCUGGGCCCGAGACUCGGCUCUCCGCCUCCCUGGGCAGCCUCGGAGAGAAGAGCCCCUACCGCGACUCGGCCUACUUCUCGGACCUGGACGCCGAGCCCGAGCCGCCCCGGGGCCCUGAGCAGAAGCUCAGGGAGGUGCCGGUCUGUGGGUCAGAGCCGGGCCUGGAGGGCCUGCAGGGGCCCGGGCCACAGCCUGCACAGGAGUCCCUGGAGUCUGGGGUGCUGAGGGGGGUGCCCCCACCCCCGGAGCCAAGCACCUGCCAUGCUGACCCCGGACUGGAGCCUCGCGGGCCCCGAGGCCCAGCCCCGCUGCAGCUGCUGCCCAGCCCUGGGUGUUCUAAGAGUCUUCUGCUGACCCCCGCGCCUCCGAGCUCGGAGGGCCCCGGCCCGGAGCCCCGGGAGGCCCCGGCGCUGCCGCCUGCGACGGCGCGGCCCGCAGGCCCCUGCGCCCCCCGCGCGCCGCUGCGCCUGGCCCUGCCGGGGCGCCCCGCCGCCCCCGGGGGCGGCGCGGAGGAGGAGGACGAGGACAGCGAGGACAGCGACGAGUCGGACGAGGAGCUCCGCUGCUACAGCGUCCAGGAGCCCGGCGAGGACAGCGACGAGGAGGCGCCGCCCGUGCCCGUGGUGGUGGCCGAGAGCCAGAGCGCGCGCGGCCUGCGCGGGCUGCUCAAGGUGCCCGGGCUGCUGUCCGCGGCGCUCCGCGCCGACCUGGCGCGCAAGAAGAAGGCCGUGUCCUUCUUCGACGACGUCACCGUCUACCUCUUCGACCAGGAGAGCCCCACGCGGGAGCGCGGGGAGCCCUUCCCCGGCGCCCAGGAGCCGGCCCCCGGGCUCCCGGCCGGCAGCCCCGGCGCCCCCGCGGCCCCGAGCCGGCCGCGCCCCGCGCACGGCUCCCCGGACGGCUCCCCGGACGGCUCCGCGGCGCCCGAGGGCGGGAGCUUCGAGUGGGACGACCGCUUCGCGCUGCUGCGCCCCGAGGAGCCCGCCCCGCCCGCCGCCGCCGCCGCGGCCCCAAGCCGCCGCCCGGGCCCCUUCUCGCGCUUCACCGUCUCCCCGGCGCCCGCGUCUCGCUUCUCCAUCACUCAGGUGUGCGACUCGGACGCCGGGUCCGUGGGAGGCUCCGUGGCAGGUGCUGGGGGCGGCUAUAAAGAGGCUUGAGGCCAGGUGGUGCCCCGUCUUGGAGCCUACGUGGCCGGAGCCCCUGUCCGUCCUGUUCGGGCAGCAGCGAGGAUGGUGACGCUGCGCGAGUGGGAGCUGCGUUCCUGGUGGCGGCUGGCGGCAGCUCCUGGUGCCUCAGUGCUCCGCGCGGUGCUCGGAGACGAGAGCAGGACGAGAGGUUCCUCCCUGGCCCUGAUGGGCAGUGACUGUGCCUACUCGCCAGUGCUGCCCUGGGGGCAGAACUUGUCGGAGACACUCGGGUUUGCUGUUAGCCCCCAGAGAUGCGUGUCGCCCUCAGGGCUGAUGGCGCCCAUCCUGCUGCUGCUCCUCCCCCGGUCAUCGCUGCUGGACUGCUUGACCUCUGCGGCCAAGUCACCUGCUCUUGGCUGGGCGCGUCGCGGGACGUGUGUCCUCACCUUGGGAAGUGCUGGUCACUGAGCCAGCGCUGCUUCCUCCGCCCUUUCCUGGUUUUGGGUUUACUCAGCACCCCAGGCUCACGUGUGCCCCCUUACCUCAAGUCUGUGGCUGUACUUCUCCUCAUUGUCAGACCCAUCAGCGCCCCUGCACACAGGGUCUGCCCAGCUGCUGCCCGGCCCCUCCCGCUGGAGCCCAGGUGGUGGGCAGCCUGCUCCAGGCCACCCCCUGCCGACGCCGGGUUUAGAGGUGCCUGUGGCAGGGCGGUGCCGCCAGCUGCCCUGCAGGAUGCUGCCCGGCUUGGCUGGCAGAGGAAGCAGGGGCCGCGCUGCUGCCCAGCCCGGUCAGGGCGCCUCCCGCCAAGGCGGGGCGCUGGGAGCGGAACUGCCACCUGGGAGUGGGCGCGCCCGGCUCUCGUCACUGUUGCCAAAGAGACGUAAAGGUGGGGGCUGUGGGGGCUGGGGCUUGUGUUCGGGUUUGCGUUCUGUUGUUUCUGAGUUCGAGGCUUAGGAUGCUGGCGCAAUGGUUUUCCUGUUCUUUGGUUUGUUUUUUAAGAGAAAUGGAGCUAAGAAACAGCCUUCACGGUGGCCUGUGUUUUCUUUGCGGCUGCAGGUGAUGCCCAGGGCAGGAGGGUGCGUGGGCCGUGCUGGGGCCCUGCUGCCACUCUGCCUGGGGUGGGCGCAGCACCCUGCAGUGAGCAAGGCCCCACGUGCCCUGGGGGUUCUUCCCGAGCCAGGGAGGGCGACUGUCCCCCGCGGCCCUUUCCCGCCCCUCCAAGGGGUCACACCUGUCCCUCAGCGUGGAGGGGGUGGACUGGAGACGGCCCCCUCCCCAGCACCUGCCCCGUGGCUCUGUCCCCCAGCCUGGGGUGUGGGCGGGCUGCAGUGGCUCAGGCUCCAGGACCCUCUUGAGAAGGUCGGGAGGAGCCUCUCAGCCUGAGACCUCCCCCCCCCAGAGGGGCUGGCACCACGCGGGUCACGGCGACGGCAUCUCGGCCGCAGAGACACAAGGUGUGGGGACCCAGGCCUCAGCAACACCCACCCGGCCCCGGGGCAGGGCGGAGAGCUGGGGUCCCGCGGCCUGUUAUGGCCGGGAGCCCGGGCUUGGGCAGGAUUGGCAAGCCUCCUACCCCCCGAGCUGCUGGCGGGAGCGGGAGGCCCGGCGGAGCGCUUGGCGGGCGGCGGAGGAAGCAGCGUGUCCUAGGAGAUUCACCUCGAGAGGCCCGGCCGGCGGCCCAGGAGCGCCUCUUUAUUGAGUAGACAGCGGCCACGGUGGCCACGAGAGGGCGGCGUGUUCUCCUGGUGCCUGCAGAGCCACCUCC